AUGUCUUUCGAUCCAGAACUCGUCGCAAAGUAUCCCUCUCUCGCCAAAUUCGAUGGCAGUGAUGAUUACCUCGAAUCCCACGAUGGUCGUGAAGCCGCCCUCCUGCGAUACAUCUACAACCACCCCUCCCUGGAGAAGCUACGCGGUUCACCGUCCGCCAUCUGCGCCGUUAUGGACGAGUUCGCCGCGCAAGAGGACUUUCUCAUCAAUAUUGGUAGUGACAAGGGACAGAAGGUUCAUGAGCUGAUCAAGAAGGAGAAGCCCUCUGUCCUUGUUGAGUUGGGUGGGUAUGUGGGAUACUCUGCUAUCUCGUUUGGGGAUGCUAUGCGUCAGGCUGCUGGACCGGGAGAGAGUAUUCGGCUUUGGAGUCUUGAGAUGGAUCCACUCAUUGCUUCGAUUGCUAUGAAUAUUAUUGAUCUUGCUGGGUUGGGUGAUAUUGUUAAGGUUGUUGUGGGACCCGCGGCGGAUUCGAUGAGGAGGUUGAAGGCGGAGGGGAAGAUUGCGAAGAUCGACUUUUUGUUUUUGGAUCAUGUGGAGGAUCUUUAUUUGGCUGAUUUCCAGCUGUGUGAGAGCCUUGGUUUGUUACAGUCUGGUGCUUUGGUUGUGGCGGAUAAUGUGGUUCGACCUGGGGCUCCGGAGUACCGGGAGCAUGUUCGACAGCAUGCUGGGGUUGAGAGCUGGGGUGUAAAGGGCUUGAUUAUGCCUGGGGAGUUUGAGGUAAGUGUUCGAUUCUGA